CUACCCUCCAGUCAGCCUCCCACUCCCCAUACUUAUAUUCUCUAGCAUGCAUUGACCCUCCCGUAUGAUCAAGACAGAGAAUCUGUCUACUACAACAUGCGCCCGACGACACGCUCCCAAGUCGGUGCUCCUCCUUCUGAGCCCGCCCCCAGUCGAGUUCAAGGCAUCCCGGCACAGUUCACAAACGACAAUACCGAGAAUGUAUUUGAAGCAGGUAACAUGAAGGAGAAGAAGCCGCGUCACCGCAUCACCCGCCACCAGCUGGAUCGUCUAGAAGCGUUGUACGAAGAGAAUACACAUCCCAGUCGGCAGGUCAAACAAUCACUUGCUAACGAUGUCGGCCUACCGUUGAAGAACAUCACCAUCUGGUUCCAGAACAAGCGGCAGACGAAUCGGAGGAAGAGUAGGAGGUUCACUAACAGAGAGGAGACAGGCCGGAUCGUGGAGCCUGCACCACUCGAAUUGGGACCAUCGACAAGACUUCUAUUGGGUCUGACCCCAGAGCCCGCUAGCUCAGAGAAGGAAUCGCCAUCUGUCAGAAAGGACCGUUCUAGCAGGGAGCGUACCGCUACGCCCACUCCUAGUGUCUCUGCUGGGAGGUCUGCCAACGCUACGCCUAGUCUCCGCCGUGAAGAGGCCUACGCCCAGGACAUCUGGGCGCACAUGCCCUCGUCUCCGCCGACGCCUGCUCUGGUUCACACUUCGAUCGACACCGCCAGUCCAUCUAUGCUGCUGUUCGAAGACGAUGUGUUCGGCCCAGUCAUCGCUAGUCACCAAGUGCGAACCCCAAUCGCUGGGAUGAGGAAACCGGACCUCGAAUGGGCCUGUGCGCGUGCGGAGAAGCGGUCUCGAAUUCGGACCAGCGCCUGCAGGAGUCAAUGGUCGCCGGACAUAUCCUCUGACCUGGACGUACUGAGAACAGGCAAGCAUCGUGUUGAGCUGGACGAAGGCCCCGACAAUUCGAAGAGCCAGACAUUUUACCCCGAUAUUCCGAUUCCUGCUGAAUACCGCGCUCUCUUCCCUGUGGAUAUGAUUGAGGGUGCUUCUCUGCUUCUGGGUCUCAAGCACGCUGGAGGAGGUCGCACUUGAUCGAUUCAUGUGACGAGGACGGGGAUGUUCCACGUUUUGAGACUUGUAUCUACGGAAGAUGUGGGCGAUGCAUCGUGUCGUGUAUUCCAUCAUCGUGUCGCGGAGCGAUUGCGAGAGGUCGUGAUGCAUGAUGAGAUACA